AGUCGAUAGUGGAGAAGAUCGAGUGCAGCCUCUCUUCAGCGGACAGGCACGUUUCUGAGGGCCGGUGGGAGCGGAGCUGUUGAUGGACAGCAGUGAAAUAAAAUGACCGACUACGGAGAGGAGCAGCGGAACGAGCUGGAGGCGAUAGAGUCCAUUUACCCAGACUCGUUUACAGUUCUUUCUGAAGCACCCACGAGCUUCACAAUCACAGUCACUUCAGAUGCUGGAGAAAAUGAUGAGACUGUCCAGGUAACACUAAAGUUCACAUACGUGGAGAAAUACCCAGAUGAAGCCCCUCUUUGGGAGAUCCAUUCCCAAGAAAACCUUGAGGAUUCGGACACAGAGGAUGUGCUGACGCUGCUGAAGCAACAGGCAGAAGAAAAUCUGGGCAUGGUCAUGAUCUUCACGCUGGUGACUGCUGUGCAGGAGAAACUGAAUGAAAUGGUCGACCAGAUAAAGAGCAGGAGAGAAGAGGAAACUCUGAGAAGAGAAAGGGAAGCUGAAGAGGCAGAGAAGCAAGCAUUCCAGGGAACUGUAGUCACGAUAGAGAACUUCCUAACAUGGAAGGCACAGUUUGAGCAGGAUAUGUUAGAACUGAGGAGGAAAAAACAGAAGGAGGACGAGCAGUCUGGAAAAAAUAAACUAACAGGAAAGCAGCUGUUUGAAACAGAUCAUAAUCUUGACACUUCAGAUAUCCAGUUUCUGGAAGACGGUGGUAACAGUGUUGAAGUGGACGAGUCGCUCUUCCAGGACAUUGAUGAUUUGGAACUUGAAGAAGAUGACCCUGAUUUUGACCCACUGGACAUAGGCAGUGAUGAGGACUAAAGUGGUUAAAAGGGUCAGCCCCAGGAAUGGACACAACUGACCAUUCAUCCUGCCGUUUCUCCUGAACUGUUUCUGCUGCAGGCUGCUGCAUAUUUUACCAAAACUGUUAAAUUUGUUCAUUUCUACCAUAAUGCCAUUAAAAUCCCAUCAGUUAUGAUUUA